AUGGAUCGUGCCGCACUACUGCUACUACUGCUACAGGGUUCGCUGGCAUUCGCCAGUCCCGACUAUGGGCUACCAAAUGGCGCCGUAGGUACGGCGAGAGUAUUGUCCAGUGUGAGUGCCGCAUCCUCCUACCUGGACACGCUGGCAGCGUCCCAGCUGGUGCCCGCCACCAUCACGCAAACCGCGUUCGGUUUGCCGACCAUGGUGCAGGUUCUGCAACAAACCGGCACCGCCGUGUCGCAGGACGGUACUAACAUAGCGAACGCCCUUGCAACCCUCGCCCGAAGCAGCACGGGAGAUCCAACCGCACUGUUCGAUGCAGCUUUGAAGAGCAUCCAGGAUGCGCUUGGCCGCAUCGGACAGCUGCUCCCGGCGACCAAAUCCAGCUUGUUCGCCAUUGUCGGAAGCAACGUGCCAGACCGGCUGACCGAUAGCAUCGGACGGAUCGAAACCGGUCUACAGACACUGGCGGCGCAGAUAGGUACGCUGAAGUCGGCCAUUCUUGCUGCUGUGGCGGAGGCUGGUUCCGCGACGUCUAUCUCGACGACCAUCCUGGGAAAGUACAUCACGCCGAAAAAGGUUUACAGCUUGGUACAGACGGUGAAGCAGUUGCGUGCCUUCCUUCCCGUGGUACGCUACACGCUCAACACCUCCAUCGAGGAUGCGGUGGAGGCGGACAGCUACCUGAACACAUACGCCGCCACCCUGGCCACGCUGGACGGCACGGUAAAGCUUAUUCUAGACUCGCUUGACACCGCUAAGGAAGGUUUGUACGCUACGGUAAAGUCAGGUGUGAGGGCUUUAGCUACGGCCUAUACGACCGCAAAGGACGCUACCCUCUCACUGCCGAUAAACGAUGUAACGGCUCUCGGCACCGAGAUCACCGCCAUGCUGAGCAAAUUUUCCACCACGCUGGGUGAUCCCGACCAGGACAUUCUCGCCGUAGCGACCCAGCUGCAGGGCUAUCUGGACGCCGUCAAGGGUAUGGUUACGAUCAGCGAUCCGGAAGUCAUCUCCCCCGCGGACAGUAAGUUGAUCGGGACACUGAUACAAACGCUCAUCUACAGUGGACCGUACUCUCGCUACUGUUUCCACAAGUACAACGCACCGGUGAGCUAUCUCCUCAGCUAUCUGCUCGACGAAUCGAUCCUCUGCAUCGACCGAGAGAUACCGCGGCUAGCAAACCUUGCCACCGCUGCCCAGUCCGUGCUCGCUGUCGAUGCAUUUGAUUUUGAGGACAUCCUCGACUGGCUCACCAUAUGCAACGAGCUGCAGGGCGACACCGACCGGACCGCAUGUGUCACACGGAUUUCACAGUCGUACAAACCACUGGGAGACUACUUCGCCGACAAGUACAGGCUGCUGUUCGAUCUGACCACCAGCGAGGUGGGCGCGAGCAAACAGCGGGUUAAAAUUUGCAUCGGUCUGUCAAGGCGCUCGAUUGCGGAUGGCUACAUUUCCGACCUGCAGGACGAUAUCAAACAGUGUGCCGCGAAAGGUCCAAACAAAUAA